UAUUUUUUUCUUCCCCUCAUUCAUGCAUCAGGAUGCGUGAGCUCAACUUUGUUGACGUUGUUCGUCGCCGCGAGAUUGGCUCGCUUCGCCCACUCGCGUCGCAACACGCGUUUGCGCGGUCGAGCGGCCUUGCCUCGCGCCUCGGACUGACGCACACGCUGGAAGAGCACGAUGGCUGUGUCAACACGAUCAACUGGAGCUGCAACGGCGAGUUUCUGCUGAGUGGCUCGGACGACACGCGACUCUGUUUGUGGGAUUACCAACGCAAACAACUCCGACUGGCUUGGCAUGCCGGCCACACGGCCAACAUUUUCUGCGCCAAGUUCAUGCCAAACACGGAUAAUAGCGUGAUUGUCUCGUGCGCAGGCGAUGGCCAAAUUCGAGUGCACAGCGUCAGUCAGACCGUGUACGCUCCGGACGUGGACGCGCCAGUGCGCCACCCACCUCCCGAGCAAGCCAUCCCAGGGCGUCGCGCACGGCUGAGAACCCCGAUAGAGGCCCGGCAUUCUGAAACAGCGCCAAGAAUGCUGCAAACCUACCGCUGCCACGACGAUCGUGUCAAGAAAUUGGUCAUGGAGCCGGGCAACGCGCAUUUCUUCCUGUCGUGCGGGGAGGAUGCUACGGUGCGCCAAUUCGACCUGCGCGAGCCGCACGAAUGCGAUCGUACAUGCUCCAAUGCGAUUGUGCGCGUGGUCGGCUCCCAUUCCCAAAGUAUCGAGAUCAACAGCAUCUCGCUGAGCGCGACGCGACCGUCGUACUUUAUCAUUGGUGGUGCCGACAAGUAUGUCCGGCUGUACGAUCGGCGCAUGCUUCGCCGCCAGUCUGACUCUGUGGCGGCCGUGCAACGGUUUUCUCCUCAUGGCAUCGACUCGAAUCACUUGACUGCUGUAUCGUUUGCACGGAAUGGUCGCGAGUUUGUCGCAAGUUACUCGCGAAAUCACGUCUACCUGUUUGACAUGUUUGAUACACCGCCAGCUCUUGCGCCGGAACCAAGACCGUGUCGGCGCGCCAACCGUGCCACGCAUUCUCUGCGUGAAGCGGCUGAUCGGAGCAGAUCAGCUCCUCGGCAAACAACUUCCAGGACCAGGCGCGCGGCUGCGGCUGCGGCAACAACAACCACACACGCGCCAGCUACAUCCUCGAGUGCAGCAGCCCAUGCCGACCUUGCGGUUCUGCAUGGCUCUGAUCUGGCCUCGCUGGACGAAUUUCGCUCGCGUGCCCACGAUGCGCUCGACCACGGACGCUUUGACGAUGCGCUCUCGUGGUGCAGCUGCAUUCUCACCCGCCUCAACAGUGCAGCCGUUGCAUCAAACAAUGCGCUUGACGAGACCAGUGCUGGCAACGACAAUGAAGCGGAGGACGACGACCAGAGUCCAGAUGCGGAGGCGAUCGAUCAGACGAUUGUUUGGAACGCGCUGAGCAGCAGUCGCGGCUCUGCGAGCACUUCGAGAGCGUCGGCUGAUGCAGCACAAUCUACCCGCUCCACAGAAACUCUCGACGCACCCUCUUCCUGGACUGCCAGCGCGGCCUAUUCACCAACUCCCCCUUCAACAGUCACACGUCGAUGUGCAGUGUACAUACUACGCGCACGAACACUUCUCCAGAGGAGAGACAGAGGAGAUGAGGACCAGGCACUGCGGGAGUGUGAUCGUGCGCUCGGUCUGGUCCAGACGCUCGGGGAGCCCCGAGCUUCCCACAACCCCAGCGCGCCGAGUGACGAAUUGCAUCCCGCCAAUCUGUUGGGGCGGGCAUGUGCUCUGAAGAGCAUUGUGCUGAGUCGCAAGGGCCUGCGAGCGAACGCAUCCACUUGUCUUCAUCGAGCGCGCCGCUUGCUGGCUCCGUCCGACCCCGACAUUGUCGAAGCAUUGAGACUCAUGGCAUCACAGGGUGACGCUGAUGGCGAAGAGAACGAUGAAACUGCGAGCGAACCGUCUCGGAUGAUGACGCGAGCUCGCGCAGCGCGUGAACGAGAAGCGCUUUCGAAUCGCGACACUCUGGCAGAAUACAAUCCGCUCCCAAACGUCGCAUCUCCCUCGGCACAGUCCGACACGACCAGCAUGGAAACCGACUCGUUGAUUUCGGUCGAGGUGGACGCUAUGAUGUCGUUCGACGAAGGCUACAGCUCGAGCUCGAUCACUGACGAAGAUGCUGGCAAUGAGCACAUUGAGGAUGGGUCUGAUGCCGAUGGGUUUGUUGCCGAAGACGGUGGUGGCGACGACAACGACGACGACGACGAGGAUGAGCAACAAGAGGAUGAAGAAGAAGAAGAAGACCCCGAGGACGACACCGACUCCGAGGAUGACCAGCCCCUUGACGGAUUGCCCCCGAUUCGCCCUGCAGCGAUUACGAGCGCGAUGCCCACAGGCGGGUACAUUCAAGCCUAUGUUGGUCACUUGAAUGUGCAAACUGUCAAAGACGUGGCGUUCUUUGGUCCUGAAAGCGAAUUUGUCGUUUCCGGAAGCGACGACGGGCGAAUUUUCAUUUGGCGCAAAGACAAUGCCAAGUUGGUUCAACUCCUGGAUGGAGAUCGUGAUGUGGUCAAUUGCAUGACGGGUCACCCGUUCGAUCCCGUGAUGGCAACAAGUGGUAUCGAAUCGUCCGUCAAGAUUUGGCAACCUAUCAAGUCCAAAGUUGCUGCUGAUUUCGAAGAAGUGGCCAACAGCGCAAUCCAGCGCAAUGAACGCGAACGUGUGAACGAGCGUCGCCAUGUCAUUCCGCGUCGAUACCUGGUCCAAUACUUGCGCCAACUCCAAGGUGGAGACGUGGAAGGCGCCAAUAUCGCUGAAAACUGCACAAUCAUGUAAACUUUGAGGGACGAGUGUUGAUACGCGAAAAUUCAAUGGAUAACACAAGCGAAAAAGUAAAAAACAAAAAAACAAUGAAAAAACAAUGAACAAAAUAUUAUACACCAAAUCAACAACGCGAAAACAGGCAAAUGCGACAAAAUAAACAG